AAGGAUUACAACAUCUACUAUAACUUUAGUGGCGCUAAUUAGCAUACUAAUGCUCGUCAACAACUUAAUUUUUUUCAGGGCUGUCUUAACAUGAAUAAAAUGCUGCUGGAGGGUGAAGAAAUGCUAAUUUUUAAACAGCUCUUCGUUUUGAUUGCCGUGACAAAAUUAACAAUCGGGGAAAUAUCUACGUGCAUCCCCAAAGAAUAUCGAGGGGCUCGCCGAGAGAAAUGGACCGAUCUUAAAGGCGGCUGGUUUCUGACUCAUCUGACUUCAGAUCUAAGGUUUCCAAACUCCCCAAGAACGGUCGAAACCAUUCCAACGUUUACACCGCCAAGAAAUGACGGUGAUUUUUACGGUCAGCGGCUUCAAGCUUACUUCGUGCCGCCUAUCAGUGGCAAUUACACCUUCUAUGCAUCAUGUGAUUCAGAGUGUGUCUUCUAUUUGAGUUCGGACGAAAUGCCUGAAAAUAAGAAAGAAGUCAUUCGAAUCGAUCAGCAGCGCAGGACUGAAUAUGAACAAUGGGAAAGAUAUCCUGAGCAGAAAUCCUGUUUUCAGCAACUGGAGCGAAGAAAGUUGUAUUACAUUGAGGCUCUACACAGUAACUACCGUUUAGAUGACCACGUUCAUAUUCACGCUAAAUUUCCCGGAUCAAACUCUACGAAGCCAUUGGACAGCGACGUCCUGGUUCUCUACUCAAAAGGGUCUUCCGUGCAUACCACUUGUAUUUUAUUGAAACGGUGUGGCGUAACAUGUGGCGGGGGACUGGAAACUAGUAUCACCACAAAACCAAAUCAUUCUCAAGAAUGUGCCGCACAUGAAUCGAGUGGCUACAAGGAGGAUCCUUCAGUGCCCGUGCAGGUCCACAACAUUACCACAACUACAGCUGUAGUAUCUUGGAUACCCCUUGAACGAUCUUCAGCGAGUGUUGUUGAUUUUACUGGGUACAAAGUCAGUCUCAAAUCUGACAGAGACAUUAGUAGAGAGAGACUGGUGAACAGGAGUGUCGACUCUAUCUCAUUUCAAGGUCUAAAGAUCUUCACCAACUACUGUGCCACGGUUGAACCACAAACAGCUUUUGGAAGCUUGUGGAAGGAAGAAUGUUUUAAUUUUGUGACAGAAGAUAGCACUCCAGACUCCCCACCGCAAGCUGUCACUGCAGUAAAUACAGAUCAAAAGUCGAUAAAGGUGAGAUGGAAACCAAUUCCAGAAAAGGAUCGAAACGGCAUCAUCCUGGGAUUUAAACUCACGUACAUGAAAAUGAGCGCCACUUUUCAUUUGGAAAAACCGGUUGAUGAAGAGACUAAGUUCUGGCCUAGAUUUGAAACUGUCAUCUACGGUGACACAUAUGUGACAGUGUUAAGUGGUAAAGUGAAGCCGUUUGCGUGGUAUUGCAUCAAAAUGUUGGGAUUUACACGAAAGGGAGAAGGACCGGAGACCUCCUGUGUUUUUGUGCUAACAGAAGAGAGCGUGCCAAGUUGGGCGCCGAUAAACGUAACCACUGCACCUUUUAAUUCCACGGCAUUCUCAGUUAGCUGGCAAUCAGUACCUCCAGAUCACGAGAAUGGAAUUAUUCUUGGAUACAAGUUGCUGAUUGUAAGACUUAACACUGAGUCCAUUUUACUUUCUGAGACUGUGGAUGUGAAUCAAACUCAGUUUUCGUUCGAAAUAUCACCAGUAGUGCCAAAUGUUUGUGUCAAAGUCCUGGCCUUCACAAAGAAGGGAAAUGGAAGAGAGAGCAACUGCAUUGAGGGUUGGACGUGGUCCGAAGAAACUUUGUUUCCUGAGAUGCAAGCGAACAACAACAGUAGUCCGACAGGCUUCAAAAUCACAUGGAACAAACCACGUGAUGAAGUGCUCAGUCAAUUGAUAUACUAUCACGUGACCUAUCAGGCAGUCUCUUCAGUCAACGAGCCCGUGAACUCGUCCCAUAUUUCUCUAAAUGUGAGCGCAGACUCUCUAGAAGUGUCGGUGGGAGAUCUGGAAACGUACACUACCUAUAAAGUUAUGGUAGAAGCUAUCACGAUGGACGGCGAGUCGAAAAGGAAGAAAGUUAUUUUUACAAAAACGUGCCGCUGUCCACACCUUAUGUACGCAAACUGGGCCCCAAGCCCCCCGUACGUCGCAGAAGACCGCUUAAGCGGCGAACCGCGUGGUCUAAUCCCAGAACUCCUCGCGCACAUGCUUCAGGCUUCGUGUGGAACGUGCCACAGCUACAAAGUGUGGAACAUCAGCUUCGCCAUAAACACAACUGAGAAGAUCACAGAACCGGACAGUCGAAUAAAGAUGGAUUUUCGGUUCCCUAUCAGGUCAGCAGUGGGACGAACCACUUACAGAGGCACCCAUUCGUAUGUCCCCCUCAUCACAGUCCCAGGUGUGGCUCUGAUGACCAGGAAGAAGACGCCAUCUGGCUAUGCUCGAGAUCUGGGGAACUCAGUCCUGAGAUGCUGGUCUAUUUUCGCGAUUUUUAUUACGCUGGCGAUAUUGAUGGGUUUCGUAAUAUGGUUCGCAGAAUCUAGCCACAAUGAUAAACAUUUCAAACAUCCGCUUUACAAAGGUGUCGUGGACGGAAUAUGGUGGUCUUUUAUGACCAUGACAACAGUCGGUUAUGGUGACAGAUACCCAAAGACCCAUCUUGGCAGAUCUAUUGCCAUCUUGUGGUUUUUGACAGGGAUCGUUCUGUCGUCCCUUCUCGUCAGCUCACUUACAUCAUCCAUGUCUGUACGAAUCCUUGAUCGAAAUUUAAACGUAGCUCGGGGAAAAAAGGUGGGCGCGCUGGCUCAGUUUCCUGAGUAUGAUCUGAUAAUCAGAUUCAUUUCCAAAGCAGGCGAGGGUAAGACAUUUCUCACAUUAGAGAAGCUUGUAACAGCCCUGGAGUACGGAGAGGUUGAUGGCAUCCUAGUAGACCUGUACACAGCAAGUUACAGGGGCGAUUUGUUUAAUGUCACUUGGAUAGUUAUCAGUCAAAUAAUCCCUUUUGAGUUUACCUCUGGGGCUGUGAUAAGUAGAAAUGCAGGCAAACUUGAGAAGCAUUUUCGCGAUUACAUCGAGACAAAGGGCACUGUAGCAGUUACAGAGGUGCUGAAGAAGAGAACUAAUGAAGAGAAGAAAGAGAACAAGACUUCCAUUCACAUGAGCGAGACAACCAGCAUUCCUCUGUUGGAUCCAAGAACACGUAUCUAUCAAGUGACAAUAUUUAUUUUCCUGGCUCUUCUAUUUCUGGCUGUGUUCAUGGGAUUGGUGUAUCACUCGUGGUAUAAAGGACUACAGAAAAGACGAUAUCAGAUACAAGCCAAACGAGAAAGACAAAGAACAGAAUAUAUCAUGGCUAAAUUACAGUUACAGCAAUUGGUAGAGGAAUUUUAUCAACGGUUUUCGAUGACAUAUAAAGAGCUACGGCUAAAACAUUGCAAACAGCUUAAACGUCUUAAGAUGGCGAAAGCGGCAUCUGCUAAUGGAGAAAAGCCAUUAAAUGUUACCAACGGUGAAUGGGUCUAGCGAAUAUUGCAUACAAGAUCACUCUAGAGAAAGGGUGCUACUUCGAAUUGAAUUCUGGGUAGACGGUUCGUUUGUUAGGUCAAUACGAAUAGAUCUUUUUCAAGCCCUAAAUUAAUCAAGGUCUAAGAGUUUGGUGUAAACUCUCAGCGGAUCAACAUCUAGAAGCAAAAAGCCAAGUAUUCUUUCAAGGUUUUUUUUGGGAGCAAAGAAUCUCACCGAUUCUCCAACUCCACUUAAACCGACAAUGAUCCACCACAGUCAAACGGAGUUGAGAGAUAGAGACCUAGGAAGAGGCCGCAAAACUCGCUUCACCCUUUACAACCUAAAAUCAGUGUGCAUAUUCUCCAUACUGUUCUCUAAACAUUUCCUAAAAUGCUGAUUAGGAGAGUUUGUCUAACAAGCAAGAUCUUCUUUAGAGGGUGAUCCGCUCCUUAAUACUAGCGUUUUUCUGUCGGUAAGAUUACACCGUGCCACUUUACACCCUUAAUAUCAGUAUGCAUGUUCUUUAAACUGUUCUCUGUACAUUUUCUAGGGUUCUGACAA